AUGGUAAUUAAUCACUGUAUAGUAGAGUCUUUUAUAGUAUUUUUGGCACAUCGGCUAAUUUCAUUAUUUAGUUGUAGAAUGAAAUGUUCUGAAAAGUUCUCUGAUGCAGAUAGAUUGGUGAUUUUUCAACGAUUUUGUACUUUAAGCUCUAAAAACGAACAAGACAUUUUUCUACAGGGUCUUGUGGAUAUGAUGGAAGUAAAGCAGCGGCUUCCUCGACCAGGUGACAAAAAUAAACCCAAAUCAAAAAGUUUCAAGUACUACUCAUUUAAAGGAAGUUCCAAAGUAGAGAUUUGUGUUAAAGCAUUUUUGAAUUUAUAUGCUAUCACGUACAAACGGAUCAGGAGAAUUAACACCUUAUCCUCACAAGGCAACUCACCGAAUGACUUACGCGGAAAAAUGACAAGUGCUAAUACUUUCUCAGAAGAAAUUCGGAAUUGUGUAAAGGAACACAUACAAUCAUUUCCUACAAAAAUCAGCCACUAUUCAGGACGUGAAAAACAUUAUUUGAAUAGCCAGCUAAAUUUGACAAAAAUGCAUCAGCUUUAUCUAGAGAAGUAUCCAAACCAAAAGGUAAGCUUUUCAUUUUAUAGAUGCUUUUUCCGUGAAAAUUUUAAUCUGUCUUUCGGAAGACCACAAGUUGAUGUUUGUUCGACUUGUGAAUUACUAAAUAACAAAAUAAAAGACCAAAAUUUGAAUGACACGGCCAAGCGUACUGCCAUCGCAGAAUUGAUACUUCACAAACGAAGGGCUAAAAAAUUUUAUUCAAAAAUAACCAAAGAUAUUGAAGAAAAGGAAAAUAAAGACCAAGUUCUGUCAUUGGCCUUCGAUUUUAUGCAAACUGUCCAGUUACCCACAACGCCUGUAUUUUACUACCAGCAGCUUACUGUGUCCGUAUUUUGUAUUCACAAUCUUAAGACAAAUAAAUCCAGGAUGUACGUUUACCACAGCUGA